GACUGACUACACCAUACCCACGAUCGCACCCUUAAACCUCAUUGUCGCUGCUCCUCACGGCGAGCAUGCUCUGCCCCCUUGUUCUCUUCCUCGUCGCCUUCGCGCCCGUCUCGCAUGCCAAACACCGCAUCUGCUCAUGGCAAGACCAAGGCUUGCUUUCCCCCGCCCACUACGGAUAUACUCGCUUUUGCCUGGCGAACCUCACCAGAUACAAUGAAACGCAGGGCGGCUACUUUUGCUGGAACAGCUCGGAGCAUGUGGCAGACUACGGUUUCCUUGGGCCGCAGAAGCUAGAGUUCGCUUCUCCCUGUGGCACAGGUGGCUAUGCGAAAGACUACUGGUGUGACUCCAUGCAGUACUGGGGUGUGUGCGUUGGGCAGGCGGGUGAGGAGGUGAAUCCGGAUAAGAUUCGCUGCUUUUACAUAGGGCAGGACGAUGAUUGUGAAUGGCCAAAGACGUUUGACGAAAAUAGCGUGCCCACGCAAGUCGACAUCUGGCAGAAGCAGGGCUAA